AUGGAAUCUCAAGAACAAAGUUUUUUUAUUCCCACGAACCAAAACUCGACAAACUUAGCAUCUAAACCUGAAUCAGAAGAUCCAAUCUUACGGCUUUCUUCUUCCUCUUCCUCGUCCUGUUCUUCCAUAGAAGCCGAACCAAGACCUGACCAGAAUCUAAACAACUUCUAUGUAGAGCAAUCUCCUCCGACACAAGUCAUGGAGCGGUCCACAAACAACACAACAACAACAACCUCGAGCCCUACUACACCUCCCUACAGAAUUCCUUCACAUGUCUUCGCAAGAACAACCUCUACGACUCCAGUUGAAUGGAGCACUAUGUCCAACGAAUCUCUCUUCAGCAUCCAUAUGGGUAACAAUAGCUUCACCGGAGGAGAAUAUUUCAAAUCGGGCGAGCUCACGUUUCCUCAGCCUCCUUCACCAAUAACUCCUCCUUUGCCUUCUCCUUUACCAUCCCCGCCCCAAAACGCAAACCAAGGAGGAGCCGCAGGGGGAGGUGUAGUGGUGGCUGAGGCCAAAACUCCCGUGGAUAUAGCCAAGAAAGCAGCUGAAACAGACAAGGCUUACCGCGCAAGUAAAGAAGACGAACAAAAAGCUGCAGCCAGUAUAAGAGAGGUUAUCAUGGCUAAUGAAGCUGCUAACAAAGACAACAACACCAACACCAACAAAACCAAUAAACUUGAUCGUUCUGUUUCUCGUCGCUCCGAAGAUUUUAGUCUCAAGUCUUUCGCUUUUCCAGUAUUGGGGAAUGCAGACAAGGGCGGGCUACAACAAGGUUCCACUCCUGAAAACAAGCAGAGGAAUCCUUCGCUGCCUGAGACACCAAAGAUUUCAAAUGAGGCUGAUGGAAAUGAAGGAUUGAAGAAAGAGGAAGCUCCUAAAUCAGUAGCUCCCAAAGCAGAAGCUGAUCGUGCAACUAAUCACAACCCCAAAUGGCUAUCUUGCUUCCCUUGUUGCACAACCUUCUGCGUCUAA